GCCUCUGCCUACGCUCAAUCUCUCACGUCAGAGGAAGAGGGGGCACAGCAGGUCUCUUGCUCAGCACAAACCUCUUCUGCCCGCCCCAAAGAGGAGGAGGAGGGAGGCGGCAGCGCCACACGCCUGCGAGGGAAGAAGGGGGGACUGGCUCAACCCCUCUCCCCUUCCUGCCAAGGUGCCCGUCACGAACACCAUAUUGUACUGAAGAUGUCUAACAGCAACACGACACAGGAGACACUGGAGAUAAUGAAAGAAUCGGAAAAGAAGCUGGUUGAGGAAUCUGUGAACAGAAACAAAUUUGUAUCCAGGUCACCGAGCAAAGAGGAAGUUGAGAAGGACGGGGAGGAGAGCAGUACUCGGCAGGAAUCGCAGAGGCGGACAUCAAAUCAUGGACAUGCUAGAAAAAGAGCCAAGUCAAAUUCGAAGCUGAAACUAGUCAGGAGCCUGGCUGUGUGUGAAGAAUCCUCUAACCCCUUUGUUGACGGGCUGUUGGAGACCCAGGAUAUCAUCCAGCUGCACAUCAGUUGCCCCUCCGACAAGGAAGAUGAGAAAUCUGCGAAAGAAGGCCCUGAGAAAGAAGAAAAAGAGAAAAAUAAGGAGAAGGCACCCAAGAAAAUGCUUUCCAGAGAUUCCAGCCAGGAAUACACGGACUCCACUGGAAUAGAUUUGCAUGAAUUUUUAGUAAAUACACUGAAGAAAAAUCCAAGGGAUAGAAUGAUGCUGCUAAAAUUAGAACAGGAGAUCCUGGAAUUUAUUAAUGAUAACAACAAUCAGUUCAAGAAGUUUCCCCAAAUGACCUCAUACCACAGAAUGCUUUUACAUCGGGUAGCUGCCUAUUUCGGCAUGGACCACAACGUAGACCAAACCGGGAAAGCCGUCAUUAUCAACAAGACCAGUAACACAAGAAUCCCUGAGCAGAGGUUCUCCGAACACAUCAAAGACGAGAAGAGCUCCGAGUUUCCACAGAGGUUCAUCCUCAAGCGAGAUGACACCAGCAUGGAUCGAGACGAUAAUCAGAUUAGAAUCCCAUUGCAGGACGGACGGAGGAGCAAAUCCAUAGAAGAGCGAGAAGAGGAAUAUCAGAGGGUUCGAGAACGCAUAUUUGCACGAGAGUCGGGCCAGAACGGAUUCCUGAACGAUAGCAGACUCUCCAAAGAAGGCUUUUCUUCUAGCUCUCACAAAAGGCGGCAGAUCUUUAGGGGUAACCGGGACGGGCUCAGCCGGGCAUCGGGCAGCCGCCAGAGCAGCACAGAGAGCGAUAUGAAGUCUCUGGAGCCCCGCCCGUGGAGCAGCACCGACUCGGAUUGCUCCGCCCGCAGCCUGCGGCCGCCCGUCACCAAAGCCAGCAGCUUCAGCGGCAUUUCCAUCCUGACCCGUGGAGAUAGCAUCGGUGGCAUCGGCAAAGGAAGCGGCACCAACAGGACUAUCAGGCCAGGUCUGUCGCUCAGCACGCCGGAAGCAUGCAGCCAAGUCUCCUCUGCCCAGCCUGGCCGAGGCCUUUUGCCAUGUGCCGCUCAGCAACCGCAGCAGCCGCAGCAGCACCAGCCGCUUCCACCCACACCUCAGCAACAGCCGACGAUGAGUAAUCACAUCAUAUCGCAGCCGAUCCCAGCUCUGCAGCCCUCUCCGCAGCCCGUUCAGUUCUCUCCAAGCUCCUGCCCCCAAGUUCUCCUGCCAGUCUCUCCACCCCAGCAGUACAACAUGGCCGAGGAGCUCAACAGUCCCUUCGGACAGAUCAGCCUCAACCGCCAGGGCUCCACGGAAGCGCCGGACCCCUCCUCUGCCAUUUUCCAGUCACCGCUCAUGCCCCAGCAUCCUCAGCAGACGGGAUUCAUCAUGGCUUCCCCCGGGCAGCCGAUCACUGCCUCCAACUACUCUGCCUCGGGACACACGGCGCCAGCCCAGCAGGUCCUGCAGCCCCAGAGCUAUAUGCAGCCCCCCCAGCAAAUUCAGGUUUCCUACUACCCUCCCGGGCAGUACCCAAACUCAAGCCAGCAAUACCGACCUCUCUCUCACCCGGUGGCCUAUAGCCCGCAGCGUGGCCAACAGCUGCCUCAGCAGUCACAACAGCCUGGUUUGCAGCCAAUCAUGUCCAACCAGCAGCAGACGUACCAAGGUAUGAUAGGAGUGCAGCAACCCCAGGGCCAAAGUCUCCUCAGCAACCAGCGUGGCAACCUGGGGGGCCAGAUGCAAAGCAUGAUGAGUGUGCAGCCAUCUCAGAGCCAGGGCCUCCUCAACAACCAGCGAGGAAGCAUGGGUAGCCAGAUGCAAGGCCUGAUGGUCCAGUACACUCCACUGCCUUCAUAUCAAGUCCCGGUGGCUAACGAGUCUCAGGGCGUGGUCCAACAGCCCUUUCAGCAGCCUGUGCUGGUACCAGCAAACCAGUCUGUUCAAGGAGGACUGCAAGCUGGAGGGAUGCCUGUCUAUUACAGUGUCAUCCCGUCCGCCCAGCAGAACGGCACCAGCCCCUCAGUGAGCUUCCUGCAGGCUCCUGGGACAGAGCAGUUCCAGAUGCCCCAGUCCCCUUCGCCCUGCAGCCCGCCACAGAUGCAGCAACAGUAUUCAGGGGUGUCUCCGGCAGGGCCCGGCGUGGUGGUGAUGCAGCUCAACGUGCCCAAUGGCCCCCAGCCUCCCCAGAACCCUUCCAUGGUGCAGUGGAACCACUGCAAGUACUACAGCUUGGACCAGCGAGGGCAGAAGCCCGGCGACAUCUACAACCCAGACACCAGCGCUCAGGCCGGCAACACGCAGCUGAACAGCCCCCUUACCUCCCCCACGCAGUCCCCAACCCCGUCGCCUGUCACCAGCCUCAACAGCGUCUGCACGGGUCUCAGCCCUCUCCCGGUGCUCACGCAGUUCCCCCGGCCUGUGGGCCCGGCACAAGGUGAUGGGCGCUAUUCUUUGCUGGGCCAGCCGCUGCAGUACAAUCUCUCCAUCUGCCCCCCACCUCUGCUGCACAACCAGUCUAGCUAUACGGCACACCAGGGGCAAACAGGGAUGAAACACGGCAAUCGAGGAAAAAAGCAGGCUCUCAAGUCGGCGUCCACAGACCUCGGAACAAGUGACGCAGCGCUGGGCCGCGUACUGGAGGUGACCGACCUCCCCGAGGGCAUCACGCGCACAGAGGCCGACAAGCUCUUCACCCAGCUCGCCAUGUCUGGUGCCAAAAUCCAGUGGCUCAAAGAGACUGUGGGGCGUCCGGGAGGGGGCGGCGGUGGCGGCGACAACCACGGGACUGCGGAGAACGGCAGGCAUUCGGACCUCGCUGCCUUAUACACCGUCGUGGCCGUCUUCCCCAGCCCCUCGGCCGCCCAGAACGCCUCCCUCCGCCUCAAUAACUCUCUCAGCCGCUUCAGGCUGCGCGUGGCCAAAAAGAACUACGACCUGCGCGUGCUGGAACGUGCUAGCUCCCAAUAGGGGUAGGCGGAGG